AUGGUGGUCAUCGACAAGGACAGCGUUCAAGUACGGCAUGGCGAUGAGCCCGUAGCCCUAGACGUCAGCCCAUCGUCUGACAGCGGCAGAGCCACAGCUGUGGGCGACAAAGAGCUUUUUGGCGAUGGCCCAACGACCACGUGCGCUCAGCAGACUGUCCCUCUCAGCGACGAAAAGGUAGAGGAAGAAGAACGCGCAUAUCUCGAUAACUCCAACGAAUACCCGGAUGGCGGCUUACGCGCGUGGCUGGUGGUUUUCGGGUCAUUCAUGGGUCUGUUUCCGGUGUGGGGUAUGUACAACACACUGGGCGCCAUUGAGGGUUAUGUUUCCGAGCACCAACUGGCAAGCAACAGUACCCUAGAAAUAUCGUGGAUAUUCUCGCUCCAUUUGACCAUUGGCUGCCUCUGCUGCGUUUUCAGCGGAAGUUAUUUCGAUCGUAACGGCGGACAGAAAGCGAUAAUUGUCGGCGGUGCCUUAUACGUUUUCGGAAUUUUUAUGAUGUCCGAAUGUACCAAGGUAUGGCAGUUCGUCCUGUCAUUCUCCGUAUCAAGUGGCAUAGGUGCUGGUAUCGUAACCACGCCUCUAGUAUCAUGUGUGGCUACCUGGUUUAACAGACGCCGCGCCGUCGCCACCAGUCUGGCCACGUGCGGCAGCUCCAUAGGUGGUAUCAUCAUGCCGCUAAUUCUACGGCGGAUGUAUGUCACCAUCGGGUUCAAGUGGGCGAUAAAAGUGCUCGCGCUCGUAUUUCUGGUGAACAUGUCGCUGGCGGUGCUUCUGGCGCGCGAACGCGUAACUCCGAAGGCAGAGCCCUUCAAGAGCUUCAAGGAAGGCGCCAUGUUCUACACAAGGACAUCACUCAACUGGCGCUACUUCCUAGACGCGCGUUUCCUGUGGUGCUCGAUCGCGUUUGCGCUUGGGGAGAACUCGAUCUGCGUGACGGCCACGUAUAUCUCGUCCUACAUUAACAAGCAGGGCCACCCGGCCUCGAUGCCGUACACGGCACUUACGGUGCUGAACGCUGCCGCGCUGUUCGGGCGCUACAUCCCGUCCUACUUUGCCGACCACCACUUCGGGCGGUUCAACGUACAGAUCGUCAUGGCGCUGCUUGCAGGGGUGCUUCAUCUGGCAAUGUGGCUGCCCUUUGGCGGCAACGUCCACGUGCUGUGGGCAUGGGUGUGCACCUACGGCUUCAUGUCCGGCUCCGUGUUCUCGCUGUCGCCGGUGUGCAUCAGCCAGAUCUGCAAGACGUCUGACUUCGGCAAGUACUACUCCACCGCCUACCUGCUCAACGCACUAGUGACCCUCCCCAUUAUGCCUGUGGCGGGCGCGGUGAUCGGCAACGGCAGCAUCCGAGGCUACAACAACUUUAUUAUUUUCACCUCCAUGCUGAUUCUGUGUGCCUGCAUCGGCUAUGUCAUCUCAAGGGCCUACUGCGUCGGGUGGCGCCUCUGCAGGUUCUAG